AUGCCUCCUCGAUACAGAGACCGGUCUCCUCCUCCUACGGUGGUUCGUGUUUACACUGUCUGUGACGAAUCAAGAUAUUUGAUAGUGAGGAACGUUCCUGCUUUGGGAUGCGGUGGUGAUUUGUUCAAACUCUUUGCCUCUUAUGGAGACGUUGAGGAGUGUAAACCAAUGGAUGCAGAAGAUUGUGAGCAAUUUACUGAUGUAUACUGGAUCAAAUUCCGUCUGAUCAGCAAUGCAAGGUUAGCUGAUUCGUUCAUGGUCUCCUAUGCUCCUCAUUUUGAGAUCGUCUCGGACACAAAGGAUAAGUUAGAAGGCAGAAGGAGGGAAGUUUUUGCACGAUUGAACCCUGGAAGAACCAAGGGUUCUAAAAUUCAUAGCCCGGGUGCUUCGAGCCAGGCUUCAUUGCUUCCAUCACAGAUUGACCCCAUUGCUCAGCACUUGAACUCUAAUCAAUCUUGGGACUCGGGAGAAUCACAGCAUAAUCAUCAGAUAAAUGAUCCUCCUAUUACAAGGGUGUCCUCUGAUCAGGAUUACUUUCCAUCCGAAUCAAUGAAUCAGACUGUUAGAUCGGUCAGGGAGAAACUCGAUAAGUCUCAAGCCAGCUGCCAAAUCUCUUGUGUUUCUGCCUCGCAGCAAUCAGUUAGGCAGGCAUGGAGGUUGGGGUUGGAGAAGCAAGAUGCAACACUGUAA